AUGGUUUUCAGAUUUCACCGAUUUGCACCACCAGCGGCUCCUCCGGCGGGAGAUGCGGUGAUGCAAGCGGAAGGGAAGCAGGUCGACGCGAGCGCAAAUGACGGCGCCAGUAGCGGCGACUCGGGGAACACGGGGAACACGGGGAGCGUGGGGAGAGGCGGACAGGCUCCUCCGCCGGAUCCGCCGCUGCAUGACUACAAGGCGGCUUUGAGCCUGUGCCUCGAUUUCUUCGACGCGCAGAAAAGCGGAGACCUGGCGCUCACCCCCCACCCGCCGUGGCGCAACAGCUCUCAUGUGCAGGAUGGGAGCGCAGUGGGGAGAGACCUGGCAGGGGGGUACUAUGUGGAUGGCGGGGGAGUGAAGCAGACGGGGUUGACUGCAUUCGCUAUGAGCAUGCUGGCUUGGAGCAUUGUGGAGUUCGAUCCCGAGCUCGAGUCAUCUGGGUUGAAGCAGCGAGCAGUGGACCUACUCAAAUGGGGAGUUGACUGGCUGCUCAUGGCGGAUCUGGGCCGGGGCUGUGUUGUGGCGCAAGUGGGUGACUCUGCCGCCCAGGAUUCUUGCUGGCAGCGUCCAGAGGACGACUCUGCCGCCCGGCCCGUGUACACGGUGGUGGGCGCGAACGGGCCCGGGACGGCGGUUCUGGCCGACAUGUCUGCUGCAUUCGCUGCUGCCUCACAUGUGUUUGGCGAGUUUGACCCCGGAUACGCCGCCUCGCUGAGGGACCAUGCCACCAUGCUCUUUGAAUUCGCCACCACCGCCACCUCCACUGAUGACACGGCCCUGCCAGGGACUCUCCCCUACCAGCCACCCCCAUCGUCCUCGCCUGACUUUCAAGACGAGCUGCUCUGGGCGGCGGCAUGGCUAUGGCGCACCACCAUGUCUGACCCCCUGCACCAGUACCUGCUCAAGCCCCAGCUAGAUACGCUCCCUUAUACUCUCGCCUUCACCCAUGCCAACAAAGCAUCAGGAGCAGCAGUGUUGUUGGCGACGUUCGUGCUGGGGCCCAUGGAGGAGGAGGACGAGGCCACCACACAGGCAUCUGGCGCUGACGUCAUCUUCAGAUUCCAGAAGUUCGCGGAAGCUUCCCUCUGUGCUUCCAUGGCUGAUGUGCCGUCCAAAACCAGUGCUGAGAUGCUGGAGCAAAGCAUGCCGCGCACGCAAGGCGGGCUGCUAUGGCUGGACGAGAGUGAGCCGCUGCACGCAGCAAUGCAAGCAGCCUUUCUUCUCAAGGUCUACUCUCGCUUCCUCAAGGAGGGCGCAGAGGACGAGGGGCGGUGCGCUGGCAUGUCGCCGCGUGCCGUGUCAGCAGUAGCACGGUCACAGAUUGACUACCUUCUAGGGAUGAACCCCCAACAGCUGAGCUACAUGGUGGGCUUUGGCGAGAAAUACCCCAAGUUUGUCCGCCAUCGAGGAGCGUCGAUUCCAUCCCUCGCGUCUGAUCCAACGGUGUAUACGUGCUCGUCGGGUCAACAAUGGCUGCAAAGCAGCUCACCCAACCCCAACAUACUCUCAGGAGGUGUGGUGGGAGGGCCAGACCAUGACGAUAAUUUCAAUGACUCAAGAAACAAUCGCCUAAGUGAGCCGGCUAUUUACAUAAACGCCGCCCUUGUAGAUCCGGUCUUUCCUAACGUGCUGGGUCGCAUCAAGAUUUACGAAGAGGACGGAAUGAGCAGCCAAUUAAAGCCCGUGGCGAGCGGUUUGAAUUCACAGCAACAAGUCUCUUCGUCGCAAGAGUCGUCGAAACCGUCGCAAACGUCGCCGUCGGCGCCGGUGACGUGCGAUUUGGAGGAUGGGUCAUGGGAGGCUGACGACUCGUGGCCGCUAUACCAAUCAGAGAGCUGUCCGUUCGCGCGGGAAGAAACGAUGUGCGCGAAAUACGGGAAACCUAACUUGGACUAUGCGAAGCUGAGAUGGGUGCUGACUGGCGAAAGUGGUAACCCUGAUGGCGGUUCUGGCGACAGCAGCGAAAAAUGCACAGUUCCAAAGAUCACGGGUUCGAAUCUCUGCAAACGCGUCGCAGGGCAUCGCAUAGCGUUCGUGGGAGAUUCGUUAUCGCAAAACGCGUUUGAGUCAAUGGCGUGCCUGAUGCACCGAUUCUCGGGAAUGCCAGAAGUGCGGCUGAACAAUCACCGGGAUCGCAUGUACCACUGGCAUCAGUGCAACUUCACAAUCGCGUUCUCGUUCCACCAGUUUCUGUCCGAGGUCGUGUGGAACAAGGUCAAGGUGUCAGACGGAGGUGCCAUCCUGCUGGACCAAUCAGGGAAGAGAUGGACGAAGCACAUUAAAGCCUUCAACACGUUCGUUAUCAACUCAGGUCAUUGGUGGUCAGAACGACAACUGGCGCGCUACAACAUCACCCUUGCACCUCCGUACAAAUCGCUCCACUAUCUCCUAGCAUAUCGCCGCGCCCUCAACCAAACCCUCUCCGAGUUUCUGCACCCAAGACUCGCUAACAAGCAGGUUUUCUUCACCACAUCUGCCCCGUCCCACGACGUGCACGGUCUCUGCCCAGAAAAGGAAAUCAGCGUGGCGUGGGUUUCCCUACGCCCGUGUGAGGCGGACGAGGGCAAGACGGGGUCAGGCAAGCUGCGCAAGAACGUGAAGCUGUUCGCCCCGCUGCGCAGGAACAGCGUGGCGUGGAUUUCCCUGAGGCCAUGCGAGGCGGACGAGGGCAAGACGGGGUCAGGCAAGCUGCGCAAGAACGUGAAGCUGUUCUCUCCACUGCUGCGCCUGGCGAGUCUGGAGGUGGAGGAGCGGUUGCUGGCGCUGGGGGGCAGCCAGGGCGAGUCAGAAACGAUCCCUCUGGAUGGGUGCGACGUGAAGAGCUUCUCAGAGACCAGCGGGCCGGAGAAACGAUGGGCUCGCAAGUUUCCCAUCCGCAUAAGCCACCCGUCCCGCAUUCUCUUUCAAAACGCCAGGGAGUUUUUCAUUUACUUUCCCAACGGCCGCGUCAAGCAGGCCUGGUGCCGAGCCUUGCGCGCCGCAGCCUUCCCCGAAUCAGAGGACACCCUGUGGCAGGUUCGGGUCUCCCAAGCCUACGCCGUCUACCUUGGGAAGAUCCGAGCCUCGCGGCCAGACCUGUGGGUGAAUGUGGAGGCUACUGAGUUGGAGGGCGGGGGGGAGGAUGCACGGGGUGAGGGGGAGGGCGGGGGGAAGACUGGGCGCUUCGGUACUGCAGGCUCGGAGGGGUCGUUGCUUCGGCCGCCGAACCUCAAGGCUUUGUUCAGGAAGGAGCAGUCUCUACUGCAGCAGCCAGUGGUGCAGGGUCAGAGAGCGAUGCUGCCCCUGCCUACUCCUCCGGUGGUUUCUACUGUUUCCAUGCAUGCAGCAGUAGCUCAAUUGCAGCAGCAGCAUCAGCAGCAACAGCAGCAGCAUCAACAUCAGCAGCAGCAGCAGCAGCAGCACCAACACCAUCACCAGCAACAUGGGGAUCUCCCCCCUCUGCCAGCCAUCCCCUCUGGUCGCUCAGUGCAGUGUUCCCAAUCGGCUGCAUCAGAUGCUGCCACUACCGCUGCUGCUGGUUCUGGUACCGGAUGGAUUGGUGGGCCGGGUAGCAUUGGGGGUAGCAGCAGCAUCGGUAGCAGCUGUGGCGAUCCUGCUGGCGGUGGUGGCGCUGGUGCUACUGGAAAUGCUGAUGCUGGUGGUGCUGGGGGGGGAUGGGAGGACGGUCCUGCAGGGGAAGAGAGCUCUCUAUGGGCUUUCAAGCGCAGCCACACGGACUCAUCUGUGCGUCAUCGACCGAGAAUCUAUAACGCUGAAACAACAACCAGCAGCAGCGGUGUUCCCACCUCUAGCACUGUUCCCUCCUCUAGCGCUGUUCCCUCUGGAAUCAACUCGUGUGGGAUCAUUCACACGGGGAUAGGGGCAUCAGGAAUCAGCUCAUCAGGGGUUAACUCAUCAGGAGUCAACUCAUCAGGAAUCGGUUCAGCAGGAAGUAACCUGUCUGGAUUCAGCCUUGGGCCUGUGACACAGGCAGAGGCUGCAGCAGCCGUCGCUGCCAUUGAAAUGGCCCAGAGGGCGCCCGUGGCACGUGGGACAUGUGGACAGAUGGACGGGCAGGUGAACGGUCAGGUGGGCGGCCAGGUGGGCGGUCAGGUGGACGGGUGUAGUGCGCUCAAUACGCCAGGUGCCAGUGGCAGUAUGCCCGACCCUAGUGACCCUAAUGUUGGCCAGUCGUUGAGCCAGCAGCAGCAUCGCGGCCCCUGGGGCGCGGAGGACGCGCUCAGCAAGAAGCUCCAGGCCAAGUUCUCGGAGAAGCUAUCGCUAGUCAUCACACCAUCCAUCAUGGGACCCAUCUCCUGCACCAGGCUGUCGCUCGGCCCCAUCCCGCCCCUCAUUCGCUCCAUGCGCACGGUCAACCUCGCCAUGCCAGGGGGUGACUUGGCUCUAGAUGUGGAUCUGGAGUUCAGGGGAGCAGCCACUAUGACGAUAGAAACCAGCAUUGACAUGCGAGAAACGCAGUUCCUUAAAAUGUGGGAAGAGCGGGACCUUUCCCGGGCAGAAAAUGAGUCUGAGAGGAGUAAGGAGUAUUCCGGGCAGGUGGAAAGCACUCCGUUGACCGCAGGCGCGGAACCAGCAUCUUUUGACGGAUCAGCUCGAGGUUCGGCAGCUGCAGGAGGAGGCUCGGAUGGAGCAGGUUCGGCCGGACCUGGAGCCGGACCUGAGCGGCUGGUUCGGCGAGGGUCGGGCAUGGGAGAGGCUCUGAUGAGUGAUGAGACUGCUGCUGCUCUGGUGGGGGACAUGGAAGUGGCUGAAGAUGUGACUAUAGAGGGCGGUGCUACAGCCCCUGCUACCCCUGCCAAGAGCACGCCAACCAAAGCAGGCAGGAAGAGGAAUAUCAUUCGAGGGGUGCGAGGCAUGGUCAGCAACAUGGCCAACAGCCUCUCGCAGGUCCCUCUGACUCUCUCCUUCAACAUCACUUCCGUUAAAGGAACGCUGCGCAUCCGGGUGCCCGCCCCGCCCUCCGACCGCCUCUGGAUGUCGUUCGUUGAGAUGCCCGAGAUUGAGAUGCAAUCCACACCGUCCAUUGGCGAUCUCAAGCUCAAGCGCUACCCCAUGGCCACGCUCCUGAUUGAGAAGCUCAAGGCACUGAUCAAGCGUUCUCUCGUGCAGCCAAGCUGUGUGGAUGCCAAACUCCGCUUCAUGCUCUCAGACCCCCACGACUGGUUACCGCGUCAACCCUGCAUCACCAGUGGCAGUGGUGGUGUGGCUGGUGCUGCUGCUGGUGCUGCUGCUGGUGCUGCUACUGGUGGGUCAGGAAGUGGGAAGAUAGGUCGGGAUGGCACGAGAGGGUCUGUGAGGGGGCUGGUGGGCGGGAUAAUGGCGAGAAGGCAAGGAGCAGUCACAAGCAGCCCUGUGCUCGAUCUAGUCGCAAGGCGCACUGGCAGCAACCAGAGUCUCGGCUCUGGUGCCUUUUCUGCUGCUGCUGCUUCUGGGGUUCCUAAAUCACCUAUGAGGGGUGCGGUAGAGUUUAAGGGUAUGGGGGAUUUGGAAGAUGCAGGGCUGGAUGGUUUUGACGGUUUGGAGGGGUUGGAUGGGGUGGAUGGGCUUGAUCGGGAUGCCUCUGCUGCUGCUGCGGGUGCUGGUGGUGGCGGUUCUGGGGUGCCAGGUUCGGCAAGGGAAGACGUUGGCUUUGGGCUGUUUUCUGGGAGAACCGCUCUGAUGAUGGUGGGAGGAGGAUUGGGAGGAGGAGUGGGAGGAGGGGUGGGGGGGUUCAGAGGUGCUGCUAUGGGGGCUGGGGGUGGACGUCUGGUUGGGGGACUGAGGAGAAUUGCAAGGAGCAAGAGUGGGAAGGGCAGGGAAGAGGAGGGCAUAGGUACAAGCCAGGGAGCGGGUUCAAGGGAGGAAGGGGAGGAGGUGGGGGCGGAGGGGGAGGAAGGGGAGGAAGGGGAGGAUGGGUCAGAAGGCUGGGCUGAUGCGAGAAGCAAUACAGUGCCGAUAGUGAGGGCGAAGAGCUGGGAAGUGGGGAAUACGGAGGUGAUGCGGACCCAGCUGUCGUCCCGCAGUGUUCGAGGCGAGGCAGGGUUGGCAGGGUUGGGUGGGGAUGGUGUGGAAUCGACUGCUGGAAAUGACUCCGAACGAACGGUUUCUUCUUGUGCAAUCACAACAGCUGAACGCACAGCAUCGCCAGUUAGUCGGUCGAAAAGGCAAAACGACGAGAUGCUGUUUCGAGCGGCGAAGACGGUGGUAUGCUGCACUCUCGGGCCCAUCGUAUGGGGAUUGCUAUCGUUGCUCUUCCUCCUCCUUAUCGCCCUUGGAAUCACGGCACUUGUGCUCUACUUCGUGUACAAACCGCAGCUACCAGAGUGCGACGUGCAGAACGUAACAGUAACCAGACUGAACGUCACUCGCCUGACUUCGUUUCCCUUCAACGAAACGACCUAUGCAGCUCUAGCCACCUUGAGCGCCGCCGACAGAGCAGCCGCGCUGGGAGUCACAGGCACCGACGUCACAAACUCAACUGACCCAUCCUCCCCGUUAUUAGCUUCUCCGCUAGAUGCUCUCGGGAAUGCCUCUGUGCCGCCGAGGUUGGGACUGAAUGCUGACGUGGGAUUCACACUGGAAACGCGGAAUCCGAACAAGGUCGCCAUUGACUAUAAAUACGUGAAUGCGUCGAUUAUCUAUCGAGGCGUCACUGUGGGAAACACGACGAUCCCGCCAUUCACGCAACAGGCGCAGACCAACAUGAGUGUUCCAGCAGAGCUCCUGGUCCUGGAUUUUCCACUCGAUAUAGUCACAGGACCAGUCAUGCUGGCAGAUUUGAAUGCUGGCAACGUUCCUCUACAGUUGCUACUUCAACUAGGAGCAAGGAUCAACAUUUUAGGGGUGGCAUCUCCGUUUGCUCUGGUCGGUUUGUUGUGCGAUGUCACAGCUGAUCCAAUAACACGGACAGAGGUGUAA